CUUCCUUCCUCGUUAUAGCUGUGCGUAGAAGAUGAUCGCUCAGUGUGUGUUGAGGAUGGCUGCACAUGCUUCAGCAUCACAUGUAUGAGGAUCCUGUAAGAGCUGCAGAACCAACAGGAGAGAGAGGAGAAAGACAGGAGAGUCUUCUCAGUGAGAUUUGAACCAAACCUCAGAAAAUCAAACCUGUGUUUCAGUCAUGGAAUUCAUGCACAGUCUUAGUAAUUCUGCACCCUGCCCAGAUGUGUACAGCCAGAACAACGGCAGCAUCAUCCUGCAACAUUAUAACUACACCGGGAGACUGCAGCACAGAACAUCAAAUAAGAGCAGCAUCAGCACAGGUUCAGCCGUCCUCCUCUGUAUCAGCAUCCUGAUCAUAUUGGAAAACCUGCUGGUGCUGCUGGCUGUGCUGUUCCGCGUGCGCAUGCACCACCGCUGGCUGAACAUCUGUAUUGCCAACAUUGCACUCAGUGAUCUGCUGACAGGUGCAGCAUAUGUAGUGAACAUCUGCAUGUCGGGACGGCACACUCUGCAGCUCAGCCCGCUCCUCUGGCUCCUGCGCGAAGGACUCCUGUUUGUGGCAUUGGCCGCCUCCGUGUUCAGUUUGCUGCUGAUCGCUGUGGAGCGCUAUGCUACCAUGCUGAAAUCAGAGUCUGAGAACAGGGGCAAAAAGACAUAUCGGAUCUACAUCAUGGCGGCACUAUGCUGGAUCACGGCUUUUAUCAUCGGCUUCCUGCCGCUGUUUGGUUGGAACUGCAUGUGUGACCUAAAUUCGUGCUCAACUCUCCUGCCUCUGUACUCCAAGAGCUACAUCCUGUUUGCACUGAUCCUUUUCUUCAUCAUCCUUCUGACCAUCGGCGGCCUCUAUUUCUCCAUCUACUGGCACGUCCGCAAGAACACAGUGGCAGGCUUGAUGAAGUGCAAAAAGCGGUCGAUGCGGCUCCUCAAGGCUGUGAUUUCCAUCGUGGGUGCAUUUAUGCUGUUUUGGGGCCCGUUGUUCAUCCUGCUCUUUGUGGAUUAUUUCUGUUCCUCACGCCUCUGCAAUGCGCUCUUCAGCCCACAGUGGGUCAUCGCACUAGCCGUCCUCAAUUCAGCCAUUAACCCGCUCAUCUACUCGCUGGGCAGCCAGGAUCUGCGCAAGGCCAUCAAAAACCUCCUGUGCUGCAUCUGCCGCCCAGAUGGCUUCUCGUCCAAGGAGACGUCGAGCACAUCAGUAAGCCGCCAUAGCAGCCUGCGCAACAGCUUCAACAAGGUGCGUAACCUGAGCACGAGCCCACAGAGCCAGGAGAGGAGUGGGAAGAAGACCAGGCUGAGCUCCACCACCUCCUGUCUGUCUGCAUCGAGCAAUUAAACCACAUGUUUCCCACAUAAACCACAACGGAUGCACACGCCCACGUACACAAACAUGCACGCACCCACAAGACACACACACGCAAACGUUAUUGACUCAAGGCCACCAUCACACCUCUCGGAAUAGAAAAUGCACUUUUUCCUACCUUUUCUGCAGAACAAAUGCUCCCAGUUUCAUUUUAAAAGAAUGUAUGUUUUAAUGAUCAUUUUACAUCUAUAUCUUGAAUAGUAACUUUCUUGAUAAUUGUUAGGUAACUGAUGAUGAUGAAUAUUUUUGGACAUAUUGGAUGUUAUUAUUGUUAUUGAUGUUAGCAAAAUGUUUGCACUUUGUUUUGCUGUCCUGUAAUAUAAGAGCUCUAUAUGUAUAAUAAAGAGAAAGAUUUAGUGGUA